AUGGCGACGGAGAUGCAGCUGGCCUUAGUGCCGUCGGAUCUCCCGGGGCAGGGGCAUGAGGCAGCGCCUUCAUCCGAAGACCCUUUGGAGUUCUUUCAGCAGACAGAAGAGGGGACGCGCUUCAGGCAGAUCUUAGCAGACCGGCCCGCUUGGGUGCAAGGGGUCAUCCGCGAUGCCCUCCGCCUGGAAGUGCAGCGCUCGUUCGCGAGGAUUGCUGAACAGGCUGAGGCCGCAAAGCAAAUUGUCAGCGAGCUGCAGGAGAUGUGCGGGUCCGACGAUGCCAUUGCUGUCGCCGAGCUGGCCAAGGAGUUGCACGAGUCCAGGCUUUCUGCUCUGAAACGGGAGGCUCAGAAUAUGAAGGAGGAGAUUCGUCUUCUGAAGCGUGACCUUGUCGACGGCAAGUGGAGAAUUGUGGAGAGUCGAGCGAGGCGUCUGAAAAAUCAAGCCGAGCGCUUCAGAGAGAGGUAUGAGCAGUUGCACCCCAGGCUGCAGCGACUUCAGCAGAAGAUGCUCGAUAUUGCUGAAAAGUGCGAAGCAAAGGCUCAACAGUCGGACGAGCUGAUUGCAAAGGCUCAGAGCCGACAACAGUGGUGGUCGGCGAUGGUCUCUCGAACCUGUCAAGGCCUCAUCGUGAUCGGUGGUCUGCUCCACUUGGUUGGCGCAGUUGGCACCGUGGUGGUGGGAUGUGGUGCAGGGUCUGUUGCCGGGGUGAUUUUGGGAGCUGUAGCUAUAUUGACAACAGCGUGUCAGGCUGCCAUAGUGAUUCGGAACGCUUGUGGAACGCGAGCGGCAGCGGCGUCAGCAACAACACUGGCAGUGGCGACCCUCGCUAGCAAGACGAUCAUGAGCUCUUUGCUUCCCUCCACUAUCUUUGAAACACUUACCAACGUUGUCAAUACCGUGGCUUGGACAGGCAGGGGGGCAGCCAUGAUAUUGCCAGUCUUUUGGAUCGGAUGCGCGGUGGCUUUGCUGGGACAGGCCGGGCGGAGCCUUCUGAUGAGCUUGCUGCAACACAUCUACAAGGAAGAAAUCCGAAAACACGAAGCUGCCAGGACAUGGUUCGAGAAGAUAAGCCGGGGAGCCCGGGAGGCUGCAGCCAAGUUACAUGCUGUCUCUCAAAGCAGCCAGGCCUUGCGACAGUGCGCUGACAUGGUGGCAGACGCCGCGGACGAGCUUGCCGCCACGGCGCAGGAUGCACAAGAGUUUGACGACAGCGCAGAGGAGCUUGUUGGUGAGAGCGCAAACAUGGAAAGUCAGGUUCACAGACUUUGCGAGAGAUUUGAACAGCUCCCGGCAGCCAUUGAUGAGCUGCAGCGAGCCGUUGCAGAAUUGGCUUCCAAUGGUCGCCUCUCUUUGGAGGCAGGCGUUGGUCAUGCCAGUUCGCAGGAGCCACAUGAUGAGGAUUUCGCCUUGGAGGAGUCCGUUGGUCCUCCCAGUUUGAGCGAGGCAGGCGAGGAUCUCAUCUCGCACGAGGGCCUCGCCAUGCCAGCAGCUGACGCGGCAGAGUCAGCCGAUGUUGUCGAUGGCUGGAUUCUUGUGCAGUCCGUAUCAGGACAUAACGGUAACGGCGACUGCUUGCCCCUGAACACAUACAUUCUCGUGCCAGUGGAGAUGGCCGCGCGACUCGGUGCGCUUUCUGCAGCUGGACCUGGAGGAAACCGAAUCUGUCAGCUGCGGUCCCAGGGAAUCUCCCAGCGGCUCAUGUCCGUUGUGUCCGUGGGUGGAGCUUUACAUCGCAUGACGGCUAGCCAUCCCUUCAGAGUGCGUCGGUCCGGGUCAUGGAUCCACGAGACGGCCUCUUUAUUGAGUGAAGGAGAUAUCCUCACCACCCCAAAUGGAGUGGAUGUUGUGGAUGCAUUGCCAAGUGUUUCCAUGACAACCGAAGAAGUCUUUGAGCUGCAGACCCAAGAGCAGGCAGAAGAGAUCUACGUCUUCACGAGCACUCCGGGCAGAGAUGGUGCUCCGGUGUCCCUGAGUGGUGUGGCCGUCUUGGGCAGUGUCGGGCCCAGGACCAGGUGUGGCUCUGCUCCACCCCGUCUCUACCACCUGCCAUCGCUGGGCUCUCGCCUUUGCAAAGGGGGAACCCGUUGCAGCAACGUUUGCCGGGAUUUCAUCAGAAAUCGGUGCUUGCGGGGAGAGGACUGCUCCUUCUGUCACCGCUAUCACCCCGAGGAGCCGAAACGUCCACCACGCGGCAGAAGAGAGGAUGCGCGAAGCAGCCACAGCACCUGA